AUGACGUGCCCGGAGGAGAGCUACACCUCGGUGCUCGUCACGCGCUACUGCCGCUCGUCGCCGCUGCUCAAGACGUUCUCCGAGAAGAACAAGACGAUCCUCUGGCGCCAACUGUGGAUUUGGCUGGCCGAGGCGGAGCUGGAGCUUGGGUUGAAGCAGAUCACCCAAGAAGCCGUCGACGAGCUGAAGGCCAACCGCGACAACAUCGACUGGCCGCUGGUGCGCGCCGAAGAAAGGCGGCUGAAGCACGACGUGAUGGCGCACAACCACACGUACGGAAAGAUUUGCCCGAAGGCCGCCGGCAUCAUCCACCUCGGCGCCACGUCGUGCUACGUCCAGGACAAUGCCGACCUGAUCUGCAUCCGGGAGGCCGUCGACCACAUUUUACGAAGAGUCGCCAUCGUGCUGCACCGGAUCGGCGUGUUCGCCGACAAGCACAAGGACACGGUUACAGUUGGGCGCACCCACUACCAGACGGCGUCUCUGGUCACCGUGGGCAAAAGAGCGGUCAUUUGGGCCCAAGAACUGGUGCUCGCCUUCAAGCAGAUUGAGCAUUUCCGCGAGACGAUCAAAUUCCGCGGGGUCAAGGGCGCCACGGGGACCCAGGAUUCGUUUUUGACGCUGUUCCAGGGAGAUGAGGAUAAGGUAGAGCAACUCGACGAGCUGGUCACGAAGAAAGCCGGCUUCUCCCAGCGAUUCUUCAUCACCGGCCAGACGUAUUCUCGACAGCAGGACGCCCAUCUCAGCUUUGGGCUGGCCGCCCUAGGCGCUGCGAUAAAGAAGAUCUCGACGGACAUUCGAAUCCUGCAGGCCUUCGACGAGCUGCUCGAGCCGUUCGAGAAGGACCAAAUUGGCUCGUCGGCGAUGCCCUACAAGAAGAACCCGAUGAAGGACGAGAGGUGCUGCUCCAUCGUCCGCGCCCUUCAGCAGUUGCCCGCGGAAGCGCUGUCGAUCCUGUCGGACCAAGGGCUCGAGCGCACGCUGGACGACUCCGCCGGCCGCCGUCGCUGGAUCCCCGAAGGAUUUCUGCUCGCCGACGCGGCUCUCGAUGUUUUGCAAAACAUCUUCGAGGGUCUGACCGUCCAGCGCGAGAACGUGGACGACCUCGUCGCCCGGGAAUUGCCAUUCCUCGGCCUCGAGAAGGCGAUGAUGUACCUGACAGAAGAAGGCGUAGACCGGCAACAGGCUCAUUCCGUCAUUCGUGAGACGGCACUGGCCGCCAAGCAGCGCCAAAAGAAGCAUUCGGUCGACAUGGCCGAGAUGCUGCACGACCCCUUCUUUGAUAAGGUACGCGACCGGGUGCUGGCCCUCGUCUCCAAGCCGCUGUCGUUCACCGGGCGCUGCGUCACCCAGACGACACGCUUCAUCAAGGAGGAAAUCGACCCGAUCGUCUCCAAGUAUGUGAGGGAGGAAGAUCUGAAGAAAUGGCUUGGCAGGCCAAACCUCGGCAGCGUCUUCAUGCCAUUCGGGCCGCGCGGGCAGUGCCUCUACACGUCGUGCUACUGCGAAGAAAAUAUUCUCAAGCUUUGCGCCCGAAUACCUGCAGAUCGGCACGAUGCCUUCUUCGUCGUUUUCCUAUCAAAUGUGGAAAGGGCGUUUCCGAUAUUCGAACAGAAAGCUUGCCGAGAAGAUCGUGACUACGUGAUUUGGGACUACCACGUGAUUCUCGUUGAGAAGGCCGACAGCGUGUCCAAGGUCUACGAUCUCGACACAAGGCUCGAUUUCCCGUGCCCAUUUACCGAAUAUUGCGAAGAAUCAUUCCCCAGCGAGUGGAAAUUCCCGCCGGAAUGCGCCCGAAAGUUCCGCAUCCUCCCGGUGGCUGUCUACUUGGAGCACUUUUCCAGCGAUCGGCGGCACAUGCGCAAAGCAGACAACACGUGGAACUCGCCGCCGCCGAGCUGGGAGCCCAACUUCCGCGUUGAGCUUGGCCACAACCUCGACGAGUUCAUCAGAAUGGACGCCGACUCUGCGGUAUCACACGUCUCGACGGUGCUCGACGAAGAAGCUUUUUACGGGUAUUUUUUA